AAUGUUCGUGACAGUCCUCUUGAGGCUCAGGUACAGACCAAGCGUUAUAUUCCUGUGCUAUCAUUUGGACAAAAAGGUGAGUCUAUUGGAAUUUUAACCUCACCCUGGGGGGUGGCAGUGAAUGAUCAUGAUGAAAUUGCUGUGACUGAGCUCAAUAACGAAAGAGUUUCAGUGUUUAGUAGUGACGGUACCAACUUAAGAUCGUUUGGUAGGGAGGGUAAGAAUAAUGGCGAGUUUAAUCAACCUUCAGGGAUCGCUUUUGAUAGUUUUGGUAAUAUUGUAGUGGCAGACUGUGAAAACGACAGGGUGCAAGUCUUUGAUAGAAAUGGAAAGUUUCUUCGUAAGUUUGGCAAACACGGAACUCAACUUGAUCACCAGCUUAAAAACCCUGAAGGUUUAUCAAUAAAUGCCAACGGUGAUAUUAUUGUUGCUGAUUAUGGUAACAAAUUAAUCAAGAUAUUCUCUUCUAGUGGGGACUGUUUACGUAAAUUUGGUGAAGCAGGUGCUUUGGACACUCCCUAUCACUGUAUCCAACACGGUCAAUAUUUUAUAGUCUCAGACUAUGGUGAUCAUUCUAUCAAAAUAUUUGAUCUUGAAGGAAAGUUAAUUUCUAAAUUUGGAAAACAGGGGAACAAGGAUGGAGAGUUCAACAAGCCCCGUUAUUUGUCAGUUGACAAAGAAGGAUUGCUAAUGGUCUGUGAUUCAGAAAAUUACAGAGUUCAGGUAUUUGAACUGAGUGGAAAGUUUGUUACAAAAUUUGGAAGUGAAGGUAGCGAGAGAGGAGCGUUU